GGCCGUUUUAUUACCUCAUCUCACCGAUCUUACUAAUGAAAAUGGCUGCCACCCUGUUUAAGCAAACGGCGAACAGUUCGCCGGUUUUAACGCGGAGAUUUUGCGAGAAUGUUGCCAGAAGACUGGAGAUAGGGAAUUUCAACAAAAUUAUUCGAUUUGGGCGGCCUAGGCUUGCUUACAACAUUCUACCAGCUAAAGAAACAUUUUCAAAAUCUCAGCCUGUUGUGAUUUUACAUGGGAUGUUUGGCUCAAAGAGAAAUUGGAAUUCCUUGGCCAGAGUUCUAAACCAGAGAACUGGAAGAUCGGUAAUAACAUUCGAUGCAAGAAACCACGGAGACAGUGAGCACCAUAUUUCAAUGUCUUAUGAAGCAAUGGCACAUGACACAUUGGGGUUGCUGGAGAAACUUGAUUUAAAGCAAUGCGUGUUGAUAGGACACAGUAUGGGAGGAAAGACUGUAAUGAGCAUAGCAUUGCAAAACCCACAAAUUGUUGAUAAACUUAUUGUUGUUGAUUCGGCACCAAGGACUUCGAUUGCAGCUACAUCUGCUGUGUCCUGCCUUAAGGCAAUGAUGAAAUUAGACCUGAACUUGAUUCAUUCCAGAGCAGAUGCAGACCAGGCACUGAAACCUGAAAUAAAAGAUGAUGAAGUGAGGCGAUUUAUUUUGACAAAUCUUGAAGAUUCGUCGUAUGGCAUGAAAUGGAUUAUAAACCUGCAAUUUUUUCACAAAAAUAUCAAAGAUCUUCUUGAAUUCCCCGCCUUUGGUGAGCAACAGUAUUUGGGACAAACGCUCUUUUUGGCAGGGCAAAAGUCAGACUACAUCACUGAUGCUGAAAUUCCUGACAUUCACAGACUUUUCCCAACGGCAGAAAUAGAGUAUAUCAACGAUGCAGGACAUUGGGUGCACUCAGACCAGCCUAAGAUAUUUCUAGAUUCUGUUGUCAAAUUUUUAGGAACUUGAUUAUUAGCGAUAAUUUCAAAUAGGUAGAUAGAUAUUGAAUUUUGAAUGUUUGAAUUACUAAGUUAAUUCCGUAGGACUGAUUGUUUUGUGGGAACUUUUCUGUCAAAAAAUAUGGUUUUUCCAAAAGCUCUUCUGAUUUAAUCGCUAACUUGAGUGUUUAUUUUAUUUUUAAAUUUGAUUAUGUAGGUUGAUAUGUGUAUGGUUGCUCAGCACCCUGUUUUCUAAAAUUGGAUAAAAUGUAAGCUAUUUUUAUUCUUUAACGUGCAUAUUAAAAUGUUUUUAUGUAGAACUGCAAUAAAAUUGUUUUUUGUUUAGGUAGUUUGUAGUGUUAAGAUAAAAGUUCUGGUAUAAUGCUAGUUUUUAUUCAUGGCCAGCGAAACGUAUUUGAAAGUGGAGGGGCCAAAAUAUCAAAGUCUUGAACGGGCUUAGGAAAGGCCGCCACCAGUUGGUGGCAAGAAAAAUUUAGAAUUUUGAUGUCUUAGGGAUGCCCAGAAACUGUAUCUAGAAUGAAUUUUGACUGAUAGUGUCGCAUAGUCGCGUCUAUUGUUAUGUUGACUUGAAAUAGAAAAGUUUUGCAAAGUUUUAGAAUUACCACUAUCAUAUAGCUCGUGAUGAAACCUUUUUUAGAUUUCAAAAGUACAUGAAAUAAGAUUGGAGAGAAAAAUAAAUGAAACACGGAUUAAUAAAAAACAUUAACAUUGAAAUAUCAACAGAAGAACUAUCAACUAAAAAUAAAGAGUUAAGCAAUUUUGUACAGUGAAGAUAUAACUUUGUUACAUCUGAUCUUAACUUUUUCGGAAACUAAGUGCUUUGACAAAAAUUUGAAACUGGUCUUGUCUAAAUGAGUUUAAAUAUUUUCUCUUUCUUAGUAGGAAUGGAUUAUCCAAACGAUCAAACUUUGAAGGUUUCUUGAUGAUACUGUUUAAUUUCUUCAACAGCUGAUUUCUCUCUUUUUGUAAUGUUUCUGAGAAAGUUUUCGUUAACAAAUAGACCUUGUGUGCCAGGUUUAGGCAAUGGCAAAAACGAAACUCCGUCAAUUUUUGCUGACACCAAGUUAUUCUGGACCAGGUUCCUCGAUCUAUUUGCUAAGCCAAGCUGUUACUCUUUGUAAAACUUAGAAAAUGACCAAUUUCUUUGAUCUAAUUCCCAUAUUCAUUUUUAUGUAUGUCUUCUAUGGUAAAGACAUAGCCACCAAAGUAAAGCUAAGGACACAUUAAAGAGAAUACAAGGCAAAGUUACUUACAGAAUCAUACUACAUUUAUUCCACUUUUGCCUAAAAUUUUUCUUCAGCUCUGCAGAAAAGUAGGGGGCCAUGGCUCCCCGGCCUCCCGGUUUCGCUUGCUUUGUUUACAGAUUUUUCAUAAAUGGAAAGAUAUGUUGCUUGCAGAAUAAUUGAUGUUCUGGCUUUCUUUUAGACCGUAAAUUUGAUCUGCAUUUCGUUUGUGCAAAUACAUGCAUACAUGCAUCAAGUAAAUACUUUCAUUAGUACGUUCAGUUUUUGCUUGAAAAUCGCUACUUUUCCAAGUUGAAAUUGUGACGAGAAGCCAAUUCUAUAGAGUAUGUUAUCUUGGCUGAAAGUAUCCACUCAAUCAAUAGCGGCGCCAGGGAGAUCCGGGAGGGUAUUUAUCCCCUAGUCCCCCCCCCCCCACUUUUGUCAAAGCAUGGUUUACAUAAUUGUUUUAAAACUGAUAAAAUAGCUUUAGGCAGGGUUAGGCCAUAAUUCUUUAAGUUUUGUCUAAAAAAGCCCCCUUAGCAUAAAGCACUAGAAUAAGGGGAAAAGGCGUGGUCUCCUUGGUCACGCCCAUGAACCUCUCACUUUGCAGUAGCCGGCACUACCACAGCUAGAACAAAGAUGUAUAUUCAGAUUUAAGUUUAGAUUCACAAGUUUUUUGCAUGAUUUGUGAAUCCUCCAAUAACGUUCUCCAGUACUUUUCUGAAGCACGGUUAAAAGUUUCACCGAAUUUUUUUCCUCGAAGCAAUGAAAUAAUCUCUCAAAUUUAUGUUCAUUUAAUUUGAAAGCCAUUGGAAUUGCACAAAUAUUUCCUACCAAAACCCCUGGUCACGAAAACCCCUUUGCCCUGAACUUUGUUUUUCAAGACCCCUUGGCCUGUUUCGGCUUAGGCCCUUGGUUUCUGUGAGGCGCCAUUUUAAUCAUGGUUUCUAUACUUUUCAGAGUAUAUCAUUAAUAGCCAGUGUUUAUUAUAUAUUUCUAGGCCUCUUGCUAAUAUGACUGUUUUGAGCGCGAAAGCUAGAUUUUGAAUCUUUCACUCCAAAACAACAUCAUACAAGAUUGAGAUUUCCGGUAGGGCUAGGGAAGCUUAAGCCCCCAAAAAUAUUUUGCAGAUUUUUCACCCAUUUCUCAAUCCAAGGCCGGUGCAAGAAGUUGAUUAUGGGGUGAGAUGUGAAAACAAAGGUGCUUCAUAAUACUGGCAUGGUUAGUCUGCUCUGAUUGACUGAUUCGGACGCCCGAGUCUAGCUAGCAAACUUUCUGCAAAAAUGAAAGUUUAUGAUUUUUUCAAUAAGUACUCGAUCUAUCAAUGCCUGUUCUUGACCUUUGGGAUGAUCUUAAUUCUACAUUGGAAAAUCAAAGGCUAACGCUACUGAAGCCUAAGUAUCAGCAUAGCUUGUCACAGAGACUCUCCAACAAGUGCGCAUCAAAAAGAAUGCUGAAACUUGAAAGUGAAAGGUUUCUUUAAAGGUAAAAAGGGUGAACCGAACCCCCUUGUACUAGGGCAAAUAUCUGUUAAUUUUGUUGUGGAAUUCCGUUUAAAAACCAUCCUUCACUUACAUUGGAUUUUUUCGCGUCAUUUUCAAAUUUGAAAACAGUCCAACUUGACCCUCUACCACAUAAUAUCUUCCUGAUCGAUUAAAGCCAUAUAUAUUCACAGAUAAGCUAUUGAUACAACUAUUUGCGUGCAUGUUUUGCCAAGGUGCAGUGGCGGUUUUGGGGGGGGGCAACUAAGGGCAGUUGCCUUGUUUGGGGCUAUAAGAAACGGGGUAGCAGACAAUGCAGAAUACGUAUUUUGUUGUGUUGUAAUUAAUAAACAAAUUUUGUAACUUCUUGACAAUAAUUGGAAGCACAAUCAUGCAGUGAACUUCUUCUCUCAUUCAAUUUUAUUCAUUUUACAGAUUUUAUUUUACCCCAAAAAUAUUACAGUUGCUGUUUCUUUUUCAAGUUUGUGAUCAGAAAGCCAUCGUUGUCAGUAAAGUCUGUAUUUGGAAACGAGGCUACAGCAACAGUGCCAUCAAAUCAGUUCUUGAGCGCGGUCAACACAGGCCUAAGUUUAUUUUUUAUAAACGUACAAGUUGGAAAUUCGUCGUAAAAUAAGUUAAUAUGUCUCGUUAUUGCUCUGUUUUCAAAAGCUUUAUUGGAAAACUUGGAAAGCCAAGAAGAUUUUCGCUUCAGUCUGCGAGAUGUUCCGACGAUAUUUUGUCACAAG